UAUAGUAUGUGACUCGAUUCAGAUGAAAGACAAGUGUAAUUUCGGGAUAUACAGUAACAAUGAAUAAUUGAGAGAAAAAUGUGCCAUAGAGACAACAACAUCAUAUUUGUCAACCAUGAUAAAUGCCGUAUUAAAGAAAAUAUCGGCGAUAUACCGUUAUUAUGUCAAUUAUAAUCUGAAUCUCGUGUAUACCAUUUUACGACGCAUUUUCGAUGUGUUAUCGUGUUGUGUUAAAAAUUUGUUUCAAAUAUUCAUGACCAUUCGUUUCUUCGCGCUUGUUAUGAACGUUACGAAUGUCUGGAAUCUAGCCGUGUCCUAUAGUUCAAACUUUGUCUAUGUAUCAUAUGUUUGUACGUAUUGAAACAAGAGAAACAAACUAUCGUGACAUUUCCACGUGCGAAAAUUUUUACUUUUAUUUUUUCCUCCCAUGGAAAAAUUACGCGAGCAGCCUUGGACUCGAGAUAAUAAUAGUCGUCAAUGACACCAACGUGUCCUAAUAAUAACAAAUCGAUGUUCCGGUAUAUGGAAAUCUUCAAUCAGUGUUCAGGCGAUAGCAUUGUUUAGUUACCGUGUGAUAUAAGGUUAUUAAUAUUGGAAUUGUCAAUAUCCGAUUACGUAACGAUAUCUGAGAAAUCUCGAGUUAAUCAGUUAUCGAGCGACCAGCAUGCGACGAGGGUGUCGAGGCGACGAGGACGACGACGACGACGACGACGACGCCGUGAUCGCAGAUACUGCAACUCUCGAUUAUCGACCACGGAUGCACGCCCGUCAUGGUCAAGGCGCAGCCGCGGCCCAGGCGCGGUCGCCGCGAUCAAAGCUGUCGGACUUCUUCCAUCUCUGGGUCAACAACAUCCGGCUGCUCUACUGGGGCAACUUUGACGAUCUGGCCCCGCAAUUACCCGACGCGAUGGGCAAUCUGCAGAGCGACAGCAAGAAGAAGCAGAGGAAGCGAGAGACCGCGGCGGUGCCGGCGUCCACGUCCACGGGGGAGCUCGAGACCGUCGAGGACCAGAGGAAGGAUAAACGGGACCAACCGCCAAAGACUCCCGAUGAGUGCGACGAGCCGCGCGAACCGAUCAAGAUCAGCUUCGAUAAGGUCCAGACGCCGGGACACGCCAAGAGACCGGCACCGCAGCCACCCAAGAUUUUGUUAUCCAAGGACACGCAAGAAAGUGUAGAGCCCGAAUGUCGCAAGGAUACCGCAAUAACGCCGAAGCCAUGCGUGACAACGACGGAGCCUGUUCAUCCGAGUAUCACAACGUCGACGACGACGACACCCGCGCAAACCCCGACGACGCCUCAGGCCCAGCUACCACCGUUGCUAGUAACCGAUUCCUGGCGUUUGGCGAACAAGGGCCUAGUCGUUACGGAAAUGCCGACACCACCCAGCCAGGAGUCCUCGAGCGACAGUGUCUUCACCGAUCCCGGGGAGCUUACCACGAGUCCAGUCGCGACGUCCACGGAGGUUCAAGUGGAGAAAUCGAUGCUUGAAUCGAAGACGAUCGAGGAGACGAGCAAGGAGGAGAAGAAGACUCCGUUUGCAGUCUCGAGACACAAGAAGAUCCACUUGUCAAUAAUGAGUCCCAGAAUAAGCGUAACGAGCGAGAAGACAACACCAGAAAUGAAUGCCAGUACUCUGCAGAGACGACACAGUGUCUACGAGUCGUCGACGAACGAAGGUACGGUUCUGAGAAGAGUAGCCAGCUUGACCCUGGGCCGUAAUAGCGCUAAGAAGAAGAGGAGUUCUCGGAGUGUCGUCACUCAAAAGACGGAUCGUUGCAAGCUAUUCGAAGAACAAGAAUCUUCACCGUCAUCCAAGGUCUCCGCAUUACCAGACAAAGGUGUGAAGAAAGCUAUGACGCCCGUGCAGAUAGAUCGGACAGAUACCUGCGUGCUGGCGGAUGAGUUUCUUUCAGUUCAAAGUAAAUCGAGCCAAACGUACAGUGAGCGAUCCAUGUCUGAAGAUAUACAUAGAUAUGAGGAAGAGGUGAAGAGACUGAGAGAUGAGAUCAAACGAUUGCGCCGUGAGAUAUCAAUAAAUCGACAGACAAGAACUAAAGGCCAGUCUACUCAGACGUCGCCGAGAAGCUCGUCACCUGUCGAUGAAGGCGCUGAAAAAACAAAUAACUCGAGCAGAGAAUCACUGAUCAGGAAUUCGGAUCUCGAGGAAGCCAAGGCGACUCGCGUGCACUCCGCUGCAUCGACCGACAAGGUCGCCAAUCCGUCGUGCUUAUCGCGUCAGGUGAACGCGUCGAAUGAAGACUUGGCGCUAUAUCCGGUACCGUCGCCACCUCCAUUACCCGAGUCAUUUUGCAAGAGCAGAUCCACAUCCAUCUCGGUAUCAACGACGUCGUUGCAAUCCUUCAUCCCGCCACCUCCGCCUCCGCCGUCUCCGUACGCGCUCGCGACCGAGUCGGUGCGAGGUAGCGAGAGGACGGUCCCGACAUCGGUGAUGAAACUGACGGAUAUUUCAAGGAUACCGUCACCGCCGCCUCCGCCCAUGCCGUCGCAGAGUAUCAUAAGUACAUUUCCACCACCACCUCCUCCGCCACCUCCGCCCCCGCCUACGCCGAUGUCGAGCACGACGAGCACUAUACCUCCCCCUCCGCCGCCACCUAUGCAAACUAUCAUAAGUGCGAUAUCCCCGCCGUCUCCUCUGCAGAACGCGGUGCCUCCGCCGCCGCCUCCGCCCGCGCCUCCGUCCAUGCCAGUGCAGAGACUCGAGAGUGGUAUACCUCCCCCGCCGCCACCGCCGCCUCCUCAGGGUGAAAUCUCCGCAUUUAUGAAGAGCACCCUGAGCGGGAUACCUCCUCCUCCGCCGCCGCCGCCCACCCCGAUGCUGAACACGUGCGGGGUAAUUGGAGCGCAAGGUUCUGCGAGUGGUCCACCGCCUCCACCGCCUCCACCGCUGUCAGGGAUGCCAAUGCUAAACGGUAUACCUCCCCCGCCGCCACCUCCGAUCGGGGGAUCAGGUGCAGGUCCCCCGUUACCGCCGCCCAUGGCGCCACCGCCCCCUCCGGGGAUGACAGCACCCUGUCCUUUACCCGCUCCACCAGUCGGAGGGUGGAAUCCGCCUAGCAGAGCAAUUAUGAGAAAACAACCUUUGAACCCUAAUGUGCCUAUGAAGCCACUCUACUGGACAAGAAUUUUAGUACCAGUUACUGCGACUAGUCAAACUUCCGCUGCUUCAGAAUCGCCAACUCAGGUGCCUUUGUGGUUAGAACUUGCGGAGGAAAAAAGUAUAAAUAUGAAUGAGUUUGCCGAUUUAUUUUCGCGGCAGGUGAGACAAAAGAAUCCGGCCAAAAAGAGCGAGGAGACUUCCAAUAAAGGCUCUAAGAUCCAACCAGCAAAGAUAUUGGACUCGAAACGUUCCAAAAUGGUGGGAAUUCUUGAAAAGAGUCUGCAUAUUGAUUUCAGCGAGAUCGAGAACGCGGCUUAUAAUUUAGACACGAGUGUAAUCAGCUUGGAAACGCUGCAACAGAUCUACGAAAUCAAACCUACAGAAAAGGAGAUAGCAGAGAUCACUGCUCACGAAGCAGAGUAUCCGGAUAUUCCUAUCGAUCAACCGGAAUUAUUUCUCAAACGGUUAUCCGGUAUAAAGCACUUCUCCGAAAGGAUAACUUGCUUGAUGCUUCAGUCGGAGUUCCAAGACGCGAUCUCAUCGGUCUCGUAUAAAUUAAACAACGUACGAACUACCUGCGAUUUUUUGAUGCAGUCCGAGUCUUUGAGGAAAGUCAUAGCCAUCAUACUGACUUUGGGUAAUUAUAUGAACGGUGGUAACAUGAUGCGCGGUCAGGCAGAUGGCUUCGGUCUGGAGAUCCUUGGCAAACUGAAAGACGUAAAGUCAAACGUACCCGGGAUCACCUUGUUGCACUAUGUUGUCAAUGCAAAACUAUCUCAGGAUAAAGGACACAGCUUUGACGAGCCAUUACCUCUACCCGUCCCUGAACCUGCAGACGUCGAGGCCGCAUCUACGAUCAAGUUUGAUGAUAUUGCCAAGGAACUUGACAGAUUGGAAAAGGAAUUACAGACAUGCGCGAAAAAGUGUAACACUGUCGUGGAAGAGGAUCCAACUACAUCCAAGGUAUUCAAGAAGAAAGUGGAUUCGUUUGUGGCGAGGGCGAAUAUCGAACUGGCAAACGAAAAAGAAGAGUUACUCGAGGCUAAAAACAGAUUUAAGGCCGUAAUGCGAUUUUAUCAGUUCGUUCCCAAAGGCGCCACAAUGGAAACCGCGGAACCUUACGAUUUCUUCAACCUAUGGCUUACUUUCUGUCGGGAUUUCAAGGAUAUCUGGAAAAAGGAACAGCAGCGAAUACGAAAGGAACGGAUGGAAGAAGCUCGCAAGAAACUUGAAAAUAAAUCCGAUGUCGUGAGAGUUAAAUUAAAUCCUCACGGGUUAAAGGCACGAUUACAAAAACUGGCGAGUAAAAAACAGACUCAAAGAUAGUCUUAUCGAAAUAUACAGGAAUUUUGAUAGUAAUUUCAAACGGGAUAUAUCCGAUAAUUUGUAUAUAAUUAUACUCGCCAAAUCACGAAUUUCACAAAUAAUCACGUUUGAUAUACAAUCUCCAAGAAUUUAAUUAUAUAUUUAAUUGUAUAUAUAAUUCUUUUGUUAUUUUCGAACCGAAUCGAAAACGAUAAUAAACGAUAAAUUUGCGAAAUUCGUUUUCAAGAUUACAAAUUUUGUUUUCAAAGCGAAAUUAGCUACUUUGCGCAAAUUAUUAGCUUCAUUAAAUGCACAGAAGUUUAAAGAAUAUAUUUUGCUCAUAAAUAUUUAUUACAAAUAUAUCUUUAAAAUCACGAUACAUCAAAAGUCACUUUUUAGAGGCAAAUCUUUAAUUGCUCAAAAUUAGGAUAAUUUAUGAUUAAAUUGAAAUUAAUUUUUAUACAAAAAUAUUAAAAUACAUACAUUAGAAGAUACAGAAAAAAACCACGCAACGAAAUGUGAUCACUUACAAUUCAGAUAUGGAUUGUCAAUCGCAAAUGUCCUUAAAUAAUCAGUCGAUCAGAUUUGAUCUAUGCGUAAAUUAUAAUUAUUACAAAUUAAAACAUUAAUUGUAUACUAAAUCUAAUGCCAUUUCAAUACAGAGAGAGAUAGUUUCUCGAAAUUUAUUAAUCAUUAUUAAUAUGGAUAAUCAUAAUUAAUAAUCUAAGAUCAGCUUUACGAGUAUCACUUAUGGACACGGUGCAUCUCUCAUUUCGAGCGAUUAAAAAAAAGCACCUUAAUAAUUGGAUUAUUUCAAUAGAAAAAAUUUAUAGAUAAGAUCCAUUCUUUUUAGAUACAUUUUCGUAUUAUUUGCAUUUAAUACAAAGUAUGCAAGCUUGAAAAAAAUUGUGAGAAAUUCUAAGAAAGAGGAAUUAAAACGAUACGCCUACAGAUAUUAUAAACAUUCAUGAUGAAUUUAAAAGAGGGAAGUUUUGUGCCUCUUUACAAUAUUUCUCUUUACACUUAUUCUAAAAAUUUUCGUUAUUCUAAUUGUAAAUCAAGAUUUUAAGAAAAGAGUCACCGAUAUAUAAUCCGAUAAUAUGAUCAUCGAUCGUGAUAUUUGUCACUAAGUCAUUAUCUAUUUAUUUAUUUAUUUAUUUAUUCAUUUACGUUAAUUUAUAUCAGAUUGUCAUCAACAAAUAAUGUAAAUAGAAAGUUAA